CCGAGCUUAAAACCAAUGUUCUUCCAACUUAUCGUGAUGUCAUGAAAGCGUAUUUGUUCAUCAGAAAUGCAUUGAAGGAAAAACAAAAAGGAUAUGACCCAAGUGCUUUUGAAGUGUCUUCGAAAUUAUUGAUCGAUUUAAAAAGUGUUUGGCUAAAAGCAUCUCUGCCUAUUGUGUCAGAUCAGCAGAUUUUACAUAAAAUUAAAAUAUACAAUGAAAAAAUACAAAGCAAUAAAAAAAAAUAUAAAAUCAAAGAAAAGCUCAUUUAUUGAAAAACAUAAUUUAUUUAAAUCGACCAGCAAUAUACUUUUUGAUUUAUCAGCUUGUAAAUGUAACGACUUUUCAAUAUGUCCUUGCCCAAUAAAAGUUCCUCAAGCAGAACGCUGUUUUUUACUUGACCAAAGACAGUCAAGGAGUAUGGUGAUUGGUAGUGUUGACUCUGAGUUGACGAAAAAGAUUAAAAAAAAGAAUGAUCGCAAAAUUCAAGAGGAUCUAAAACGAAAAAGGUAUGAAGAGAUGAAAGAAUCUAAGAGACUCAAAAAUGAUCUUCAAAUUUCUGAUGAAAGUGGGGAUGAUCCAAGUGUUUUAAGUUAUGACGAGGACGAGGGCGAUGUCGACAGCGAUGUUCCGAUAUUACCCAGCAGAAGUCCGUCAAUUCCAAAAUUACAAGCUAGGAUAAAUUUAACGAAUUUAGCAUCAGCAUGCGACAGAACAGGAGUAUCCGACAGGUCAGCAUCAAUUCUUGUAAGUUCUCUUUUACAAGACAUUGUUGUCGUUUCCAAGCUAGAUUCUUCAAAAGUAAUUGACAGAAGCAAAUUAAGACGAGAAAGACAAAAAUUACGUCAAAAUCUUCAAUGUGAAAUUGAAAAUAUAACAGGCUUAUACUUUGACGGACGAAAAGACAAAACAAUGAUUUUGGAAACAAUUGGGGCUAGAACACAUCGGAAGAUUUCAGUGGAAGAACACAUUGUACUUGUUUCUGAGCCAGAAGGACAGUAUCUGGGACAUGUUACUCCAUCCUGUGGGAAUGCCAAAACAAUAUCUUCAAGCAUAAUUGAUUUUGUAAAAAACAUCCUGUGUGUUAAUAUGGAAGAAAUUACAGCGGUUGGAUGCGAUGGAACUAUUGUGAACACUGGAUCUAAAAAUGGUAUUGUAUGUCAGCUCGAAGCAGCCAUUGGUAAGCCAGUACAUUGGUUUAUUUGUUUACUCCAUCUAAAUGAACUCCCACUUCGUCAUUUAAUGGCACAUGUUGAUGGAAAAACCAAUGACCCAAAAGGCUUUUCUGGAGUACUGGGAAAAGCUCUUGAGAGCUGUGAUAGUUUACCAAUUCAAGGUUUUGAAAAGAUAAUGGUAGAACUGCCUCCGAUAACUAUAGAACAUUUAAGCACGGAUCAGAAAUAUCUGUAUGAAAUGUGUGAAGCAGUUUCUAAUGGGAAUGUAGAUUUAGAGCUUGCAAACCGACAGCCAGGAAGAAUGUCUCAUUCAAGGUGGCUUACAACAGCUAACAGGAUUCUACGACUCUAUGUAGCAACUGAAAAACCUUCAAAGGAGUUAUUGGUUCUGGCUACGUACAUAAUAAAAGUGUAUGCGUUUGUUUGGUUUCAAAUCAAAACAAAACCAUCUUGUUUAGAUGGACCAAAACACAUUUUAGCACUUAAGGCAAUUGUUCAUCCGGUAAUAGAGCGUAAUGCAUAUUUUUGCCAUCCAGAAAAUAUUUUACUUGCUAUGUUAGCUGAUAGCCGAAGCUAUGUCCGGGAAUUAGGCCUUAGAAGGAUUUUAAAAAGCAGAGCGGAUAUACAAGUUAAGAUCACCGAACCACCUUUAACUAGAAAAAUAUCAGAUGACGACUUACACGCAAUGGUUCAAAAUGUUCCUGAAAAUAUAGAGCUAUCCAAAUAUCCAUGUCACACUCAAGCCGUCGAAAGAUGAUUAAGCUGGUGACAGAAGCUUCAGCUUCAGUGUGUGGCCGAGAGUCAAGAGAUGGAUUUAUAAAAGCAAGAAUCUCAUCUCGAAAGCUGUUGCCAAAAUUUGAAACGAAGAAGGAAUUUGCUAAGGCUUUAGAAAAAUGAUCCAUCUUUUUUUAUUUAUUUGAUUAAAAACGAUUUGUAACCUCAACCCCACACCCAAAACAUGAAUUGAAUAGAACACCUAUUGGUAUAAUAGUGUAAGGGGAUUAAUUUGGAAAAUGUAUUUUUUUUUUACUAAAACAUGUAAUUUAUUUUUUUUUGCAUUCAAAAUGUAAUCUUAAGAUUUGUUCUUUAUUAAAAUGUGAUUUUUUUUAAAGCAUAUAAUACAAAUUGUCUGUUUUAAUAGUAAGGAAUAUACGUUUGAAAGGGCAUUUUUGUUUGCGAAUAGAGGAACCUUAGGACAUAAUUUUUUUUUGCUAAGAACUUGUGGUAUCGUUAAGAAAAAACCAAAUUCAACUUUUAGUACCAUAGGCAUACGAAAAUUAAAAAAAAAAAAAAGUUCAAAUUCACUCCGGCCUAAUGAGCAUUUAUCUAUAGAUGAAUCCAUGGUCAAAUACUUCGGUCGUCAUUCUUCAAAGCAAUUCAUAAGAGGAAAGCCUGUAAGGUUCGGCUUCAAAAAUUGGAUGCUUUGUAGCAAGGAUGGUUAUAUGUAUCAGUUUGAUACUUAUUGCGGAGCAAAAAAUGUUAAGCCUUCUCUAAAGAAAUUGCCAUUAGGGUCAAGAGUUGUUCUUGACUUACUAAAAAAUAUUGAAUGUCCAACUGACCAUGCAAUUUAUUUUGACAAUUUUUUUACAAGCUAUGAACUUAUGAAGAUUUUAAAACAAAAGAAAUUUAGAGCAACUGGAACAGCUCGCGACAAUCGGCUCAAAAAAUGUCCUCUUCCUCAAAAUAAAGAAUUUCAAAAGCAAAAAAGGGGUACUUUUGACCACCAAUUCGACGAGACCAAUGAGUUGCUUUUCGUUAAAUGGAAAGACAACAGCAUCGUUACUAUAGCCACUAACUACGACAAAAUCGAACCUUGCGAGAA